CCAGGAGUCGGAUUGCCUUUUCAAUGGCUAUGCGUGCCAUCUUUCUGCUGACAGUGUUCCUUCUGUUGUCGCAAACGGAAAUCGAGGCUCGGAGUGUUCAGACUCAGUGCAAUGCAAUCGCGGCAUCCUACAACUCAAAUUACGGACGUUAUUGCCGAAACUCACGAUCAAGUAGCUGCGUUAAUUAUUUGCAAGCUAUGAUGCCUGUGUUUCAAGCAUGCAGAUCGGCAGGGUAACUGAAACACAAUGCAACAUUCCAAAACCUGUUUCAUGUAAGCAUUAUAAAAUUACGACCUAAUAAAAUUGCUUCGCAC